AUGGAAGAUCGACGUAACGUGGUGCUUGCUGUGGCUGGGCUGUUCUCUGUGUUGACAUGGUUAACGACCGGCCUGCGAAUGUAUGUUCGUGGCUAUCUUCGGUCAAACACGUGGGGCAAAGACGACUGGUUCAUGUUGGCUGCAACAUUCUGGUAUCUUUGCGAGCUCCUCUACGUCCUGGCUAGUUGCGCUCUGAAGUUUUCAUUACUGUUCUUCUACCUACGCGUCGCCCUACAGCGCUGGCAUAUCUGGACAAUCAGGAUCAUGAUGGCGGGCGCUGCUUCGUUUGGAGCCAUAUAUUUCCUGCUCAUCACAUUCCAAUGCAGGCCCAUUAAUGAGUUUUGGAAUAACCGUCCUGCAUCAAGCAAAUGUUUGCAAAGGGGACCGAUGCUUGGAAUGACGUACACAAUGUCAACUGUCAAUGCCAUCGCAGAUUGGACGAUUGGGAUCCUUCCUUUCUUCAUUGUCUGGGGCCUGAGGAUGGAACGAAGAACCAAGUUUCUCGUCGCUGGAAUCCUCGCUUUCGCCGCGAUUGGAUCAACAGCCACUGUAAUACGCAUGGCGUACAUCGACAGUCUCAUGGAUAGUGAAGACUUUUUGUAUUCUACUACUGACAUCGCAAUCUGGAGUACUGUGGAGCCUGGAAUUGGUAUAACAGCCGGAAACAUUGCAACCCUACGUCCGCUCGUUCGAAAGUUUCUAUCAGGUAUGGGGUCCAAUGAUUCUUCCGACCGUGCAGGACGUGCGCCUCACCGCGCUUCCGGCCCGCCAAAUCGCCAGGAUCGCCGUGGCUACCGACGGUCUUUGAGUCCUUCUGAUCUGAUUCCAACGGAGCACACCGGUACGACUACGACGAAGAUUUACGCCCAACAGGACAAACAUGACGCCAUGCCUGAUGCUGAUGCGACAGUAUUUGAUGACAUGUCGAGUAUGAAAAACUCAGUUGCGAAAUCAAGCGAAGCACAUCUUUCGAACGAUCGUCAUAUAAAGCAAACCAUCACAGUGGAACACGCCUAUGAAGAUCCUGCACGUCCGCGCCUCCAGGAUAGUUUCAGAAACAGCUUUGGCGGAGCAACGUCCGUCAGUCUCGAGGACCUUCCGGUGCCCACGAAAUGAUACACAAGCCGCAAGAUCAUUGAUCGAUUUUGAUACUAUGAAGUACGUGGAAGAUCAGUGGUCGGGCUACGGACCUGCUCCUUUUCGCCAUGGGUCACUCUACCCAAUUGUUGGGGCCUUGUCUACGAACUGCUACCGACGCCAUCGACCCUGACCGCAUCGCCAACAGAAUCGAGUAUCCCAGAAGAGUUUAUGACAAGACAGCGGUUGUGCGAUUCUUCUACCUUUAAGGUCUCGCCAAGUCCCUUACCCAUACGCACAGUCUGCACAUCACUCACGUCGGCACGGCUGUGUUUGGGCGCGCGCCUUUACCACAUAUGAGCGAUGGAGAAACCUAC